UUUUCUCCCAAUUUUUUUGUUUUGCUCGCUUCGGGGUUUUCGCAUGAAGAAUGCUUCGAUUCGACGACUGCUGAGGAGAUUCACGUUGAGUAAUCUUAUGAUUAGGAUGAACCAUUACAAUCGACUGGGAUUCUUCUCCGUCGUGAUUAUUUGAUCUAGGAUUUGUUUGUUCUGUUUGGUUCGAUUCGGCACGAAACUAUUUAAUCGGCGGGUUGGUUUCUUCUUCCUCUGAUACUCGCUUAGGAUGAUGAUGAAUAAAGCUUUUGUAAUUGUAGAUUAUGGCUUUCUAUAAUUCCGUGGAUUUGCUGAGUUUUGGGUCAUGAAGUGCAUAUGAGAUCGAUGUAACUUCUUUUUGUUAAUCUUUGACAUUCCUCAACGUAUAGGUGGCUUAAUUUGAUUUUUUAACUUUGAACACAGGACUGUGUUUUUGCAUAUCACAUUGAUAUGGUUGACGAUGAGCUCAUGCGAUUUGGUCAUAAAUCUAUCAUCGGCAAACAUUUUGUUAUCUAACGAGUAUAGUCCACAUCGGCUAGUCUGGGAAUUUGGUAGUGGGGUAUUUAGUCAUGGUCUCAUCUCUCUUGUGACUGGAUCAGCUUAUUUCUUUCCAAGUAUUUUGGAAAAUUGCUUGUGUUGGUUUCAUACAUGUGUGUAUGAUUUGUAGUUACCUCAAGGAGCUACUAGCAAAGGAAGGGUAUUUAAUAGUAUCAGUGCCGUACAAUGUUACAUUUGAUCAUGAACAAGCUGCUAAGCAGGUUUAUGAGAGGUUCAAUUCCUGCUUGGACACGAUUGUCUCAUCUGGAAUUCCAACUUCAAAUUUGAAGCCUCAAGAUCUAGCUGACCUUCCUCUUUUCUCAGUUGGUCACAGUAAUGGUGCACUGUUACAAGUUUUGACCGGAAGUUAUUUUGCUGAGAAGAUACCAAAGGUUAAUGCCAUCAUUUCAUUCAACAAUAAAUCAGCGACAGAGGCAGUUCCAUAUUUUGAGCAGGUUUUGAGACCGCAAGUGGAGGAGUCAAGAUGAGAGAUGAGCACUAAGGUACCAGUUGUUCCUGCUCCUUUUCUUACUUGUUUUUUUGUGUGCACAUGAACAAGGUAAAUUCUUUCCUUUUUGUUAUUUUUUUUUUUUGUGUUUUCAAGAUUUUGACGACUGAAAUCAAAUGGGGUACAAUUGAUCAGUCCACUUCUGUUCGGAUUUAUUGUUUUUAUUUUAUUUAAGCAAUUGACUUUUGUAUCAUUCUGAUUUUAGAAUCAAGAUUUUUUGUUUUGUUUUUGUGGUCUUGGUUACUCCUUUGGUUUUUCACUUUAAUAAACUCAGAUCCGUUUUUGGUUUUGGUUACUUGGUCUGCGGAUUCUUAGUUUUGGGGCUUUUAAGUUUUGAUGUUUGUUUUUGUUUUCUUUUUAAACCCAAAACAGAUCAUUGACAGACAUUAAUCUAAUAGUGUUGUGUCAGAUUCUAUUUUGGGGACAUUGUCCCGAGCAAAAUUGUGAACUGUUGGCUUGGUAGUGCAUGCAUGUUGGGAAUUGGAAAAGAGGUUGCGUUUUGUAGGCUAAAGAAGUCUUAAGACAAAAGACAUAGAACCAAAGAGUUCUCAAAGUUUGGUACCCUCGGCUGGUAAAAACCAUAAGACAUGAAUAAAGAACCAAAGAGUUCUCAAAGUUCGGUACCCUCGGCUGGUAAAAACCAUAAGACAUGAAUAAGGAACCAAAGAGUUCUUAAAGUUUGGUACAUCGGCUGGUAAAACCAUAAGACAUGAAGAAAGAAUCAAAGAGUUCUCAAAGUUUGGUACCCUCGGCUGGUAAAAACCAUAAGA